AUGCAUUCCGCAAGAAUUCAUAAAGUAAUCUUUCGAAUGAUUUCUCUCUUUUAUCGUUUCGGUUUUUGGCAUGGCGAAGAUAAGCCAACAGCGAUUCAACUCGGACAAAAGUCAUUCUAUUGCAUCUACUACCUGUUAUUUAACAUUUCGUUUGCGAUUGGAGCAAUUACAAAAGAAACCGUAGACGAAAGCAUUUUCUUAGCGGAAGGAUCGUUUAUUAUUAUAGUUAUGACGACCAAAAUUUGGAUGUUGCUCUGGAAACAGAGGUCAAUUAUGGAAUUGCUAGAUCGAGUCUGUGUUUUCUCAAUACGAAAUGACAAAGAUUUCGCAUUUUUCAAUGACAAAGUGGAAAAGUUCAUUAAAUUUGUGAAUGUGUACGGAUGUGCAGCUAUGGUUGGUUCAUUGGGAUGCUCAAUUUUCCCUUUUAUUGGAAAAAAGAACAGUUUUGUUAUGGAAUUUGCGUUCCCAUUGGAUUGGGAAAAUAGUGAAAUUGGAUUUUGGGUGACGUACAUUUUCUUCACUAGCGAAAAUAUUGUAACAUUUCUGUCGAUGGCGUAUUCCGUUAUAAUUUGGUAUUUAUUGCUGCAGUGUUCUUUAAGAUAUACAAUUUUGGGAAGAGAAAUAAGAAACAUGGGACGAAUCACAAGUGGCGGUAACAUCAAAAUGACGCGGAAGGAACAACCGACCAUUUUUUACCAGGACUUAGUGGCUGCGAUUGAAGCUCACUUUCAUUUACGGGGAUUAAUCUGCGAAGUGGAAUCAUUUUUAUCAAGAUUGUUUCUACUGCAGUUCGCCACCAGUGGCCUCUGCAUUUGUUGUUCAAUUUAUUGCUUGGCAUUCGAUGUUAGUGUAAACACUUUGGAACGCAUAAUUCAUUUCUAUACGUUUUUCUACAACAUCGCUGAGUUGUUUAUGAUAACGUACCUGGGGAAUGAGAUUAUGUUGUCAAGUAGCGGUCUUAGCUACAGUUUGUUUGAAUCGGAGUGGGUCGAACAAGCACAUUCGACCCAGAAAUGCCUUAUCGUUUUUGGUGAAUAUUUGAAGCGAUCACAGGAGAUGCUAAUCGGUAAAUUGUAUCCGCUGACUUUGGAAACAUUCACUAGGAUUUUGAAGUCGUCUUACAGCUUGUUCAACGUUAUAAAAAACACUAAACAAUAAAAAUGGACGGAGAAGUAGUCAAAGA